UGCGCACGAACAUUUUUGCCCAACUGUCAGGUAAGAAGGCAAUCAAAAUCAGCUCGCGAGGAAAAGUUGCACAACAGACGUAAACAUUGCGCCGUGUCCCAUGCGAUUCUGAUAACAGAGCUGAUCGUUCAAGCCGGAUACGAGCAUUUCCACAAACGCAACAGUAUUCCCAUCAAUGAGCUAAUGGAGCUGUUCCUGUAUCGAGGCGAAUGGGGUCUGCCCACGAUAGAUUACGAGUGCGCGAAGAUUUUGGCUUACCUGAAGUUUUCCGACGCCAAAGUUACGCUUAACUUUAAUGGCAAUCCGUUCAGUUCGCCGAACGGAAUGCUACCGUACCUGGUCACCGAUGAGGGGAAGAAGCUAGCGGGCUAUAACCGAAUCGUUGAAUUUCUACAAUCCAGGGGGUUCGACGCAAACGCUCAGCUCGAAGGACAGAAUUACAUUGUGAUAAACGGGUGCAUUCAGUAUGUGUUCGAAAAUCUGUUUCCAUUCUUCAUGUACAACCUGUGGGGUGAUCCGAAGAACCUGGACACGACGCGGAUGUUGUACGCGAAGCGUAUUCCCAUUCCUUUCAAUUUCUACUGCCCGCGGAAGUAUGUGGUGAAAACGAAUGAGCUGACGGUAUCCCUGGCUGGAUUUGCGCUGGAUGAUUCAAUUGCGACACAUGAUGUGAAGGAUAUGAUGCUAAACGCGAAAAAAUGCAUCAACUGGGUAUCGGAAAGGUUAGGCGAAAACGGAUACUUUUUCGGCGACACACCCAGCGAAAUCGAUGCUAUCCUGUAUGGCUACCUGUCGGUGAUAUUGAAAUUAACCCUGCCGAAUGGCGUUCUUCAGAACCACCUGAAGGAAUGUGCUAAUCUAGUAAAGUAUGUUGAUCGAAUUACAACGAUUUACUUCGCCAAGGAAGGCUUUACCAGUGCGGGUACCGGUUCAAACUCGUCUUCAUCGUCAUCCAGUUCCAACCAAAAGCCCGACGAGAAAGAGCAGAAAAGCUACGAUGGUACUCAGAAAGAUGAAGACACGCCGUACGAGCGAAAGCGGCGAUAUGUGGUAUCCGGUAUCUUUGCCACUGUAGCCAUGAUCAGUUAUGCGCUGAUGUCUGGGAUAUUAACGAUAUCUAGUAACAAUCACGGUGGUAGCGGUUUCAUUUCCUACGAUGAGCCCGAAUAUGAUGACGAAGAUUAAUUUAGGCCAGAUAGCAAAGAGACCUAGGAAAUAUAGUCGUGGUGGAAACAGU